AUGGCUAAGAUUCAAAAAUCUACAAAAAAAUUUAAAAAAAAAUUGCUUCAAAAGACCCUUGAACACAGAAGAUCUAUUAAAAAAAUAAAAAAUAGAAAUAAGUUUUCUAGGAAGAAAAAUAUUAAAGAAAUUCCAAAAGAAAACAAAGAUUAUGAAGGGUUUAAUGACAAAAAUACAGGUUCUUUUUUGAACGGGGCGUUAGAUGCUUUUCCUGCGAUUACAACAUCAGAGGAGAGUGAUAAUAGUUCAUUAGAUACAGAUAGAGGCCAUAAAACACAGCUUGAUUCAUUAAAAGACAGUGAUCCUAAAUUUUAUAAGUAUCUCCAAGAAGAAGAAGCAGAAUUACUUGCAUUUGAGGAUUCAGAUGCUUCAGAUGAUGCAAAAACAGAAGAUGCUUUUCAAGGUGUUGAUACAAACAACAAAUCAUUAACAGUUGAUGUAAUUCGUAACUGGGGGGAAAUUAUUUCUAAAGAAAAAUCAUUAAAGAUGCUGAAAAAAGCGGUUGUAACGCUUCAUACUGCAGCAUUAUUUGAUGAGAAAUCUGUUUCUGAAGCCCAUCCAUUUAUAAUCAAUUCAGAUGUCUUCAAUGCGCUUGCUACUUUGAUAUUUAAACAGGUUCCUAACAUAUUACGUGAUCAUCUUUCAACAAAAACUUUAGCACAUGAAAAAAAUGAAAAAAAAACAAAAAAGCUAUUAUUUAUCCUUAAAGUUCAAUUUUCAAAUAUAUUACGUCUUUUACAUAACUUGACUGAUCCAAAUAUGCUGCAUAUGAUACUGGAAGAAACAGAGAAACUUAUACCGCAUGCUCUUACUCAUAGAAAAUUCAUGAAACAUUUAAUAAAACUUUUAGUUCAAUUAUGGAGCAUACAAUCUUCAGAUAAAGUAAAGAAUUCUGCAUAUGUUAUAAUUAAAAAAAUUCUCCUUAUAGGCGAUAAAAGUUACAUAGAAUACUCUCUUAGUACUAUUUAUUCUGCGUUUAAUCAACAAUCACCUCAUACGAAUGCCAUCACACUGCCUAUUAUUCGUUUUAUGAAAAAUACAGCUUCUGAACUCUUUGGAAUUAAUCAAGCGGUUUCCUAUCAAGUUUCCUUUAAAUAUAUUCGCCAAUUAGCCAUCCAUUUGCGUAAUGCGAUUAUUAAACAUGAUCAGGAAUCCUACAAAGCAGUUUAUAGUUGGAAGUAUGUCCAUUCUAUUGAUUUUUGGUCCUGUGUUUUAUCUAAUCACUGUGAUAAGACUAAAAAAAGUAUUCAUCCUUUUCCAAUGCAAGAUUUAAUUUAUCCUUUGGUACAAAUAACUUUAGGAACAAUUAAGCAUGUAUCCUCUUCUCAAUUUUUUCCUUUAAAAUUUCAUCUCAUACGAAGUUUAAUUAAUGUUUCUUAUUAUACAGGAGUGUAUAUUCCUUUAGCAUCUUAUAUUUUCGAAAUAUUGGAAUCUAAGGAAAUAAAAAAUAAACCAGCACCAUCUACUGCAAAACCUAUUGAUUUUGAAUUAUGUAUACGUGCACCAAAAUCUUAUCUUAAAGGAAAAAUUUAUCAAGAUGGAUUAAUAGAACAAGUAAUUGAGUUGUUAUUAGAAAUUUAUUCAUUGCAAUGUAAAUCAAUAUCUUUUCCAGAGCUUUCAAUGCCUAUGAUUAUUCAAAUUAAACGAUAUAUUAAAAAGUCAAAAAAUUCUAAAUUAAAUAAAUUGCUGGUAAUCUUUAUAGAAAAACUCAAAGAAAAUUCUGAAUUUAUUGAAUCACGAAGGAAAUCUAUAGAAUUCUCACCAAAUAAAAUAGGUCAGAUGGAGGCAUUUUUAGAAGAUUAUAGUUGGGAUAUGACACCCCUUGGAAAAUAUGUCAAUUCACAAAGGAAAAUAAAGAAAGAACGAAAGAAAAUAGAAAAUGAGACACAGGAACAAAAUAUAGACAAAAUAUUAUCUGAAGAAUCAGAAAACUGGACGGAUAUGGAUGACUAUGAGGACAGUUUGAAUUAA